AUGGCCGAGGAACGCAACGCGUUCAGGGAGACGAUCGGCGAAUUGGAGGAAGAGCGGAUGAACUUCAAGAAAGAGAGAAUGGCGUGGACGAAGGAGCAGGGCGAGUUUAGAAAAAUGAUGAAAGACAUUCAGGUGAUGAUGUGCACUUUGCUUAAGCGAGCGAGAGACGAUGACGAACAAAGUAAAAAUGGGAAGAAGAAAAAAGAAGGAGACGAUCAGAAAAAUAACGAAGAGGACGACGAUGAUGACGAAGAGGAUGAAACAUGGAAGACGGGGAAAAGAAAGAAGCGAGGCGAAUCUAAAAAUAAAAAGAAGCGUUCCAACAAAGAAAAUAAUGUAACCAAACCGGUUAGAAUUUAA